AGUGGGAGAAUGGCCAGCGCAACAGAUCAUCAUAUUCUCCAGGUAGAAUCUUGAUAUAGAUUGAGAUGUGAGAACUCUCUCCAGCACCAUUACCAUUCAGAAACACAGAUGCCUACAACAAACAAUGCAGAGAGACACAAAAUAUUGGAGUCUUCGCCAUUACUUGACAGAUGUCAAUGCCGAGUCGUUCGGAGAAUAAGAUUAACCGAGACUGAUGUAACCGCAUUUUUGUGAAUGAUUGGGCUGUGGCGUUUGUUAUUUAGCGACUCCGUUCCAAACGAAGUGCCAGUUGUAACUUACCGGUUCUCGCGGCGGUGAGAAUGUUAUCACCCUGAUGGUAGAGGCAGCAAGCACCUCUGGAACGUCUGUAAACUACCAACGUACACGGUGCAAUAUCCCAGAAGACAGUCAUCUUCGUGAAGCAUGUUGUCUACGAAUGGGAGAAGCUUCAAUGCUUAUUUAAGUCAUCUUGAUUAGAGUCGUCGUUUGGUUUAUGUUUUCCUGUCAUUUCCAGUUCACCAUCUCUUGUAGCUGUAUUCUUUAUAUCCAAUAUUUUAACAUGUCCAAACCACUGUAAUAUUUUCAUCACGUAUAAUUACUCUCUGUGUGUCCCACUCCUAAUUCUCUCCAUUUUUAUUUUCUCUAUGAUGACCUUGGAAUUUCAUGCCAAGUGCUUAUGUUUUAAUUUUAUCUUUAUGUCUGAAAGUCCAUACAAUCAUACUGGUUUAAAGUGUCCGGUGUAGUCUGUCUGUAGUUUACGUCUUAACCUCUUAGCAUUCCAAAGCAAUGCCAUCACAACGUGACAAAAAUUUGAACUUUGCUGGGUUCUUCUAUCGGUCGACCAUUCGUUCUUCCCUGUGGUAUUACUUUCACUCCUUAAUUUUUAAGUAGCCCUGAGCUUAUUUUGAAUUUAACCACUUUCUUCGUGAAUGUUUGUUUGUAUAACAGUAUCUAAAUAUCUUGUAUUCUUCGCAUACGCAUUUUAUUUAAAUUAAAUGUCAAUCUGCACAAAUUAAUGAACGUUUCGUUUACCGUACAUCUGUUCCCCUUUAUCAGGACGUUGACUGCAAAGGUCGUCGUUUUCUUGUUAGAUUUUGUACGUGUUCGUCUAAAUUUAGUAAUGAGGUUAUUCACUACUGCAGUCAGCAACAGUGGGAAUACUACACUUCCUUGUUUUCAUCCACUGUUUGUUUGUAUACAUACAUUACUGGAGUAUGACUGAUGGUAAUUGUAAAUACAUCCUUGUGUUACUUAUUUCAUUAAGUAUCUAAAAUUAAGUUUUAUCUGUCCAUCUGCAUGUUUCAUAUUCAACGGUUUUCCAUUUAAUUUAGCACUGGUGGUCCGGGUGUAGGGCGAAUUUAAUUUUGUUAAAUGGCGAUUAAAAAACUGCUUAUCGUGCAGUUUCUAUGGGUUUAGAAAUAUAGACCUCGUUAAAAUCUACAAUUUUUAUUUUUGCUCAAUAUUUUAUAGUACUAUAUGGAACAAAAUACAAGUAAAACUAAUCUGAGUGUGUAGUAUUCGCAGUCUGAUCAGCGUUGUCACAGCAAAUUUCUGCAACAAUGAACAAGGUCAAUGAGGUAUUCAAAAUCCCAACGAACGCUUUUGGAAAACAGAUGGGCUCGCUUAUACCCUCUUCGUUAACUCUGUAUUGUGAGUAGGCUGUGGUCUAGACGACUGGGGUUCGAUUUUCGGCAGGGGCAGGGUUUGUAUCAUCGCCACAACGUCCAGACUGACUCAGGGAUCCACCUAGUCUCCUAUAAUAGGAACCGGGGUCUCUUUCACCGUGGGUACAGCGGCUGGGGCAUAAUUAAUGCCGAGCUUCCAUUUAUUUACUAAAAUUUAGCUGUUUCAAUUUACACAUACAUUUCAGGAAAUUUAGAUAAUAUACCGCCGGAUUCACAUACAGUUACAGCAGUUUAAAGAAUUGUCAUUCAGGCCCAAUCAGUUCAGAAACGAUAACAUCACGGCGGCAAUGAUAUACAUAAGUUCUUUCCAGAUACAAUAGCAGGCACAGUGUUUACAAUAAUAUAAGAUUUCUUCUGGUUUCACAUCCAAGAGUGUAAGUGGUCUAGUUCUAAAAAAUCGCAGUACUGAAGGGAAGAUGCUGUGAGGAGAGGUGAAUGAGAAACAUCCUGCCCAGGACUUGCCUGAAGCUGUCACUGACGUGCACUGGACCGCCCGGACUGUUUGUCAGCAAGGUCGUGGUCCAUGAAGUUCUGUUAUGAUUCAUAUCAACUACUUGCUAAAACUAACACCGUUACACAAGUCUUCUGUUAUUUUCCUCCUAUUCUUCGUCUUCUCCUCAGCCUUUUUACUCUUUCUACUUUCUUUCCUCCCCCUCUUUUCCAAAAUGUUCUAUAUGACCUCUCUUCCAUUGUUGGGAUCCGUUAAAAGGGCCCAGAACUCCCCCCCCCAAACGUAUAAAAGUCUUACGUUUUAAUUUGAUAAAACAAGGGGCAUUAAGUUAUCAGAUAUAAAUUUUGCACAUAAAUCAUCCGUAACUGAUUUUUGUCUUUUAAUAUUAUGCUGUCACUUCUUUUGUGGGCUAGGUAUAUUUUAUGAUGUGGCUGCCCUGUCUGAGAUGGGAAAGUUUGUUAUGUGGCUAAACUGUGGCGCCACAUUCAGGAGUUACGUGGUUCCGUGUAAAUGCCGUUUGAUUUUGAAGUAUCGUGGUUUUGUUUUUUCUUCCCUAUAAAGAUUCCCAGGUUUAAUAAUGGAGCUUUUACGAACUGAAACCAAAACUAGUUAUACGGAUGGAAUAGUUGCUGGCUCUUGAAGAACAUGCGAGUAUAGUUGUAAAGUGAGGUUAGAAGUGCAAACACCGAAAUUGAAUAAUCCCGAUUUUGUGUUUAAACUACAAAGCAGUGAAGAGAAAUUAAUUACUGUCUGUUAUUUAGCAGUAUUUUCCCAAUCUGCCUAGACAAAUGAAAAUCCACAAAAUGGAUUGUGCCAUCCAGGAAAAUAUAGCUGUACAAGUACCAUAUAAACUGAAAUUCUCUAUAUAGGUAUCACUAUAAAGAAAAUUAUAAUGAACAUCUUCAAACAUUCCGUAUGCUGUGAUGAAAGCAAUGAAGUCAAUUUUUCAGUAUCUAACAGAAUGAGAAAUUUGCAAAAGUUCCUCUGUGAUUAUACAUAAAACAUAAAUGAAAGUAUGAAUAAUGUAAUUUGGAUCUGCAUUCUCAGGUCUGACUGUGGGCAUCAAAACAUUGCAUAGUGUGUAUGAUGUAGUUGUAUCAUAUAGCAAGAAAAACAUAGCAAAGUGUGAUACUAAGUGUUACAAGGACUAGAACAGAGCCUGGACAACAUAACAAAACCUAUGAUUGCAAGAAGCAGAAGGAAUAUUGAAAGUGCAAAAAAUAACUAGGAGAAGAAGACAAGACAACAGAAAAGGUGUAAAAAGAAGAUUUAAAGCUGAAGUACAUGAAGACUAUGACAAUCCAUCUGGAAUGUACUGAGAAGUGUGAUACUUCAUUGCAGCUCAAUUCCUACCAGAAUUCAGUUGUGCAGCUCCGUUCUUUAUUGACACUAUCAACAACAUUCUCUGAGAGAUUUUUACAGUUUUUCUGUCAAGUAUUUUUGCCCCAAGGAUAUCCUGAAAGUGUUAGUGAUGACUAUUACAAAUACCAAAUCUGGGAUACAGUACAGGCAUUUUGUAGCACCAUCACUGGAACACUUACCACACAGGCUGUCAUGAAAGGUGUUGGUGUUGGGGACACUGCUGCCACACCCUUUGCUGCAGCAGUUACAUGGAUUCUCAAGGAUGGAACAGGAAUGGUUGGAAGAAUAGCAUUUGCUUGGUUUGAGGGCUCUCGUUUGGAUGGAGACUGCAAGAAAUGGCGCCUCUUUGCAGAUGUUUUAAAUGAUAUGGCAAUGGCAUUUGAGCUUCUCGUGCCAGUAUUAAUGACAUAUUCAACACAUAUUCUCUGCAUUGCAACAGCAUUAAAGUCCAUUGUUGGUGUAGCUGGGGGAGCCACAAGAGCAGCUAUAACUCAACAUCAGGCAAUUCGAAACAAUAUGGCAGAUGUUUCAGCAAAGGAUGGAAGCCAAGAAACUUUUGUCAACUUAUGCGCAUCUUUUGUUGGCAUCAUCAUUUUGUCCACACUUGAAGGAGAAUUUGUGUGGCAUUUGUUCACUGUCUUCACUGUCAUCCACCUAUAUGCUAACUACCAAGCAGUGCUAUCUCUGAAAAUGGUAACAUUAAACAAUGCACGUCUUAUUUUGCUGCUUCGAAUGCACCUUGGUAUGAAGAUUGUUUCUUCACCUGAAGUCAUCAACAGACAUGAACCUGUGAUACUAGGAACAGGAAUGUCUGAUCGUAACUUGUGUGGAUUCCGAAUCAUACUUGGUGCUUCAUUACAAAAUGCCAUGGCCUAUGGUAAGAUAUGCACUGAAGAUAUAAAGCUGUUAACCGGUUUCUAUUGCUCAAAGAAGUACUUGAUAAUAGUCGACAUUAAAGGCAAGAGAAUGUUUGUGACUUUUUUACAAGGAGAGACUGCAGUUGAUGUAAUUCAAGCUUAUUUCCAUGCAGUGCUGUUGGGCAUUGCCAUAUGCAUAAUCAGGGAACAUCCACUGAUGGUACUAAAUGAACAACAAAGUAGAUCAUCUUUAAUGUGUCCUGUUCACCAUCUGCAAGAAACUCUGAUAAAACUGAACACAACCAAUACAAUUUCCAGGAAUAUGAAAAUUCCUGUGGUAGCUAUGAAGGCUGCAGAUGAUAUAGUGUCAAAGGAAUUUCCAGAAUUCCUAGAAGCGAUACAGAAGCAAGGCUGGAAUACACGAAGUCACCAUAUUACAGUUGAUGAAUGGAGAAGUGAAUGGAGUAACUUUGACAAGAAUGAAUAAUUUUAUUUCAACGAGGAGUUAAGUCUAAGGUGAAAAAGUCUUGUUCUGUUUUCUAAGUUCUCUCAUCAGCUGAAGAAGUCCAUCAAGUACAAAAUGUAAUUUGUGGUGAUUUGUUCAUUAUAUCAGUUUAACAUUAUUAAAACAACCAGGGUCCAGAAAAAAGUCUUUACAAUGGACCUGACCCAA